UAGUUCUAUCUCUCUCUCUCUCUUUUUGUUUAUUGAUUCUGUCAACGAUCAGUACGUGUUAGACUCUGGAUAUUCGUUUUUAGACCGAACUGAUGGCUCCACGAUUCGCUAAAGUGGGAGUUUGAUGACGGAUUUUGAGGAUUUAGCUCAUGGAAUCAAAGAUAGCCGAAAGUAAAACGACGGAGGAGCGGUUAAUCUCCGCUUGUUUACGGUUGAUUUUGGUGCUGGAUUUAGUUUUCAGAGUUUCGGCAAAUGCGGAAGGUGAUGCUUUGACUGCAUUGAAGAACCAAUUGGUUGACCCUAAUAAAGUGUUGCAAAGUUGGGAUGCAACCCUUGUUAAUCCUUGUACAUGGUUUCAUGUUACUUGUAAUAAUGAAAAUAGUGUAACAAGAGUGGAUCUUGGUAAUGCGAAUCUAACUGGUCAAUUGGUUCCACAUCUUGGACAGCUUCCGAAUUUGCAGUAUUUGGAGCUUUAUAGUAAUAACAUAUCCGGGAUAAUCCCAGAGGAUCUUGGGAAUUUGACAAAUUUAGUGAGCUUGGAUCUUUACUUGAAUUCUUUAUCAGGACACAUUCCAUCUACUCUGGGCAAGCUUCAAAAACUACGAUUCCUGCGUCUCAACAACAACACGUUGACAGGACAAAUUCCUAUGCCCUUAACAACUAUUAUGUCACUGCAAGUGCUGGAUCUUUCAAACAAUAAGCUAGAAGGAGAUAUUCCGGUUAAUGGUUCCUUUUCACUAUUCACUCCUAUCAGUUUUUCUAAUAAUCGACUGAAUAAUCCUCCACCUGCUCCACCGCCUCCUAUCACACCUACAGCUCCAAUUCCAUCAGGUAAUAGUGCCACUGGUGCUAUUGCUGGAGGAGUUGCUGCUGGCGCUGCCCUGCUUUUUGCUGCUCCUGCAAUUGUACUUGCUUGGUGGCGAAAAAGGAAACCAGAAGAUCAUUUCUUUGAUGUCCCUGCUGAGGAGGACCCAGAAGUUCAUUUAGGACAACUUAAAAGAUUUUCUUUGCGUGAACUACAAGUGGCAACGGAUAAUUUCAGCAACAAAAACAUUCUAGGUAGAGGUGGCUUUGGUAAAGUUUAUAAGGGUCGCUUAGCUGAUGGUUCUCUAGUGGCAGUAAAAAGACUGAAAGAGGAGCGUACUCAAGGUGGAGAAUUGCAGUUCCAAACAGAGGUGGAAAUGAUAAGUAUGGCUGUACAUCGGAAUCUAUUACGUCUUCGUGGCUUUUGCAUGACCCCUACAGAACGGCUGCUAGUCUAUCCCUUUAUGGUUAACGGUAGUGUUGCAUCCUGUUUGCGAGAACGCCCGGAGUCUCAGGCACCACUAGACUGGGCUAUAAGAAAACGGAUUGCAUUGGGAGCUGCAAGGGGGCUUGCAUAUUUGCAUGAUCAUUGUGACCCAAAGAUUAUACACCGUGAUGUAAAGGCUGCGAAUAUAUUGUUGGAUGAGGAAUUCGAAGCGGUUGUCGGGGACUUUGGGCUGGCCAAACUGAUGGACUACAAAGAUACUCAUGUCACAACUGCCGUUCGUGGCACAAUUGGUCAUAUAGCUCCUGAAUACCUAUCAACUGGAAAGUCAUCAGAGAAAACGGAUGUUUUUGGUUACGGUGUUAUGCUUCUGGAGCUCAUUACAGGGCAGAGGGCUUUCGAUCUUGCUCGGCUUGCAAAUGAUGAUGAUGUCAUGUUGCUUGAUUGGGUGAAAGGACUUCUAAAAGACAGGAAAUUAGAAACGCUGGUCGAUACCGAUCUUCAGGGCAAUUACGCCGACCACGAAGUGGAACAACUAAUCCAGGUAGCUCUUUUAUGCACUCAAGGCACCCCGAAGGAACGACCGAAUAUGGCCGAAGUGGUCAGGAUGUUGGAGGGUGAUGGGUUAGCCGAAAGAUGGGAAGAGUGGCAGGAGGAGAUGUUCCGGCAAGAGGUUAACCAUAACCACCACCCGAAUGCCGAUUGGAUCAUUGCAGACUCCACUUCUCAUAUCCCUCCGGACGAACUAUCCGGUCCGAGAUAACCCCAUUUCCGCCAAAAAUACAAAACACUCACCAUUUGUGGAUAUAAAAUAUAAUUUGUCUCAGGUCUUACCUCCCCUUUUCCAUAUUUUUUAUCCCCAUUUUAUCCUAUAUACGUGUAGAGAAAUCUUUUUGUAAUUUUUAUAGGGUUGCCAACUGCAGCAGUCAAGAAAAACAUUAGGUGCUA